AUGGCGGGUUCAGAGGAUCCGAACAAUGAGGGGGGAGUUCGAAGGAGACAUUCUGGACACUAUGAAGACAGUGAUGGAGAAGUGAACCGCGAGAACGAUGGCAUUCAGACAGGCACGCGACACGUCCACGACACUCGCCAAUCUGCGGAUUAUUCAGGACACCGCGUGCGAUUCUCUGCGGAUGUGGAACGACGUCCGGAGAACAAGAAAAGGAAGAGCGAUGAGGUCGUCGAGACAGGUUCGAAAGCGCCAAAUCUGUCCGUGGAUACAUCCCGUGCCGCUGAGGAAGGUCGCGUGACCACCGGUGGUGGUGGUAGCUUUCUGGGUGAAGGCACGGUCAAGUCUCCCACGAGCAAUACGACGAGUCCCGUGUCGCCGCGGUAUGAGCUGGGAUCGCCUACGGCUAGGAACAGGGGCAUGUCUUUACGCUCGGCGCUGUUAGCGAGGAAUAUGGGAAGGAGACAGUCGAGUGGGAUUGAGUUGCAGGAUGUGGGACCUUCCAGUGGGGAGGCAGGGAGCGAUUCGAGACCGCAGACGGCCAAGAAGGCCUCAAGGACUUCGAUUACGGUUACGCCUGUGGAGGGUGUGUUUGAGAAUCCGAUAAAGCCGGUCUCGAAGGCGCAGACGACUUCUGCUCUUCCGCAUUAUCAGCAGUGGGUGAAGAAGAACGCUCGAAGGCAUUUGCCUCUGGAGAGAGUUCAAAACGUGUCGGAGCGUGUGCGGAAGUUCGUUCUCAGGAUCCAGGAGAUUCCGCCGUCGAAGGAUGGUCGACAUAUCCAGUUGGACGCUUCGAGGAAGAUGAAUUUGGUUGAUGAGAGGACCGGCAGGCCUUAUGUCUCGAACUUGAUCCGGUCGUCGAAGUAUACGGCCUGGAACUUUGUCCCACGACAACUGUUUGCCCAGUUCUCCAAAUUUGCCAACUUCUACUUCCUGUGCGUUUCCAUUCUCCAGAUGAUCCCUGGUCUGUCGACUACCGGUACAUAUACGACCAUUGUGCCUCUCUUGUUCUUCGUCUCGCUCUCCAUGGGCAAGGAAGGCUAUGAGGAUUUGCGAAGACAUCGUCUUGACAAAGCAGAGAACAACCGUGAAGCGAAAGUGCUCCGCAAAUACAAGGCCGUCGAAGCGAAUGGUCGGGACGCCGAGGCUGCGAAUGUACCAAACGGGCCCAUCCACUGGGCACCGAUCAAGUGGCAGAACCUCCAGGUCGGCGACAUCGUAAAGCUGGAACGUGACGAAGCAAUCCCUGCCGAUAUACUUGUUCUGGGAAGUAAAGGUCCGAACAACACAGCGUACGUAGAGACUAUGGCUCUCGAUGGGGAGACCAAUCUCAAACCGAAGCAGCCUCUUUCUGCAACAGUCGAUGCAGCUCGAAGUAUAGAGGCGCUCGCGGCAGCCGAGAUGGAAGUCGUUGUUGAAGACCCGAACAUCGAUCUCUACAACUUCGAAGGCAAACUGACCACCGACGGCAAGACCUCUCCUCUUACCAACAACGAAAUCAUCUAUCGCGGCAGUGUUCUUCGCAAUACCCCUGAGGCCAUCGGCAUGAUCAUCUACAGUGGAGAAGAAUGCAAAAUUCGCAUGAACGCCAACAAGAACCCUCGCAUCAAGGCACCUCAGCUCCAGACUGUCGUCAACAGGAUCGUCUUGUGCAUUGCCGGCUUUGUGAUCUUCUUGGCUCUCUUCAACAGCAUCGCUUACCAGGUCUGGCAGAAUACUACAGAAAAGCAGGCGUGGUACAUUGAGAACGCUCCUGUGUCUUUCGGGCCGCUCUUCACGUCUUUUAUUAUCAUGUUUAACACUUUGAUCCCACUUUCACUUUAUGUGAGCUUGGAGAUCAUCAAAGUGGCACAGAUGGUCUUAUUGAAUGACAUUGACAUGUACGACGAGGAGAGCAAUACACCAUUCGAAGCAAGGACUUCAACGAUCAACGAGGAGCUUGGGCAAGUUGGGUACAUCUUUUCUGACAAGACUGGAACGCUCACAGAGAAUGUCAUGCGGUUCAGGAAGAUGAGCGUUGCUGGGACUGCGUGGUUGCACGACACCGAUCUCCAGCAGCAGGAUGACGAUGCAGAGCCUUUGAAGCACAAGAAGAGGUCGAGAAGCAAAGGGAAACGACCCGCAUGGAAGCCUCGGAAAUCAACUUCUCGCUCAAUCGCUGCUGCGCAGGAGGAACGCGAGGCUACCGAGCCUUUGAGACCGAGUGAAGGCGCACAACUGCCUCGACGUUCGACAUCGCAAUGGAUAUCAUCAGCUGUUCCGGCGAUGGAGCAGAAUGAGAAGAGCACACAAGAGCUCAUCCAGCAUAUUCAGCGUUAUCCGCAGACUGCUUUUGCGAAUCGUGCCAAGAUGAUGAUCUUGUCGAUGGCUCUUUGUCAUACUUGUUUACCGGAACGUGGUGAAGACGACGAGACCGACGAUGGAGUCACUUUCCAGGCAUCCUCGCCUGAUGAGCUCGCGCUGGUGCAGGCUGCCAAAGAGCUUGGUUAUUUGGCGUACGAGCGGGAUGCCUCUGUUCUUACGUUAAAGACGUACCCCUAUGGACCCGGUGGUGAAGCUGCGUUCGAGAAGUACGAGAUCCUGGAUGUCGUGGAGUUCUCGUCAAAACGGAAGAGGAUGUCAGUCGUUGUUCGUAUGCCAGACGGCAAGAUCUGCACGAUUUGCAAGGGCGCUGACUCAGUCAUCAUGCCACGCCUUCGACUGGCCGCCAUUGCGAAUCAGACACUUGCUGAGAUCGAGAAGCGUACAAUCCAGCGCAAGUCGAUGGAAGCUCAAGAAGCACUCCGUCGGAAGAGCAGCAUGAUCGAGCGGCAAGGCAGCGUCAGUAGUAUGCCUCGGACGAGCAAUUCGCUGGCAAGAAGAAGUACGACUAUUGGGAGAGCCAGCAUGGGCAGGCUGGAGCCGAUUCGAGAUGAUGUUGACAACUGGCUCGCGGAUCGUGAGCAAGAUGUUGAUCAAUCGCCCAGGGUGUCUGCCCACUUCCGAGCUUCGAUGGCAUUGUCUGAUCGCCGUCGUCAGUCGUAUUACGAUGGGGAAGUGCCUGUCGACGAUACUCUGGCGACUGAUGAGAAGUAUGUCAUUGAGAGGUGUCUUCAGCAUAUCAACGACUUUGCCACGGAAGGAUUGCGGACUUUGCUCUAUGGCUAUCGGUUCUUGGAUGACGAAGAGUACAAAUCCUGGAAGAAGAUCUAUCACGAUGCUACAACUUCGCUCGUCGAUCGUCAGCUGCUGAUCGAAAAAGCGGGCGAGAUGAUUGAGCAUCAAUUGGAGUUGGGUGGUGCGACUGCCAUUGAAGACAAGCUGCAGAAAGGGGUGCCAGAGACGAUUGAUCGCCUGCGCCGUGCGAAUAUCAAGAUGUGGAUACUGACGGGUGACAAACGCGAGACGGCUGUCAACAUUGGCCACAGCUGCCGACUCAUCAAAGACUACUCCUCAGUCACUGUGCUGGACUACGAAGCAGGCGAUAUCGAGCAGAACAUCGCCGCCUCAAUCAUCGACAUCAACCGCGGCGGCGUGGCACAUUCCGUCGUGGUCAUCGACGGACAAGCCCUCGCCACUCUCCAAACCGACGAUUCCCUGCACACGCUCUUCCUAGACCUCGCCAUCCUUACGGAUUCGGUCAUCUGCUGCCGAGCCUCGCCCUCCCAAAAAGCCGGCCUCGUCAACGCCAUCCGGACCCGCCUCAAAGGUAGCGUCACCCUCGCCAUUGGCGAUGGCGCGAACGACAUUGCUAUGAUCCAGGAGGCGCAAGUCGGCAUCGGUAUCACGGGCAAAGAAGGCCUACAAGCUGCGAGGACCUCAGAUUACGCCAUUGCUCAGUUCAGAUUCCUGGCGAAGCUGCUGCUUGUGCAUGGGCGAUGGAAUUACAUCCGGACGUGUAAGUAUGCGGUGGGGACGUUUGCGAAGGAGAUGCUCUUCUACCUCACCCAGGCGCUGUAUCAAAGAUACAAUGGCUACAGCGGAACCAGCUUGUAUGAGUCCUGGUCGCUUUCGAUGUUCAACACUUUGUUCACGAGUUUGACCAUCAUCUUCCUGGGUAUCUUUGAGCAGGACCUUCGCGCUUCUACACUCCUGGCUGUUCCUGAACUGUAUACUAAGGGCCAACGCUCUGGUGGCUUCAACAUUAAGGUCUAUCUUGGAUGGAUGUUGAUCGCCGUCUCCGAGGCCAUGAUAAUCUUCUUCUCGAUGUGGGGUCUUUGGGGCGAUGCAAUCUUCUCCGCCGAAAACACCAUCUUCCCCAUGGGCAACAUGACCUUCACCGCCUGCGUCCUAGUCAUCACACUCAAACUCCAAAUCAUCGAACACCGCUACAAAUCCGUCAUGGCGCUCAUCGCCUGCGUGCUCUCCGUCGGCGGCUGGUUUCUCUGGAACAUCAUCCUCGGCGCCCUGUACGCCAACAACAUGGAAUACAACGUCAAGGGAGGCAUUUUCGAGCGCUGGGGCCGCAGCGCGCUGUGGUGGCUCGUGCUGAUCGUGAGCGUGACGGCGUGUGGGUUGUUGGAGAUUGGGAUCCGCGCGGUGAAGGCGGCAUUUUGGACGACGGAUGUGGAGGUUUUUCAGACGUUGGAGGGGGAUGCGAGUGUGAGGAGGAGGUUUGAGGAGGCUGCGGCGCCGUGGAUGCGGGAGGGGUGGGGUUGUGGGGAUGGGAAGAAGAGUAGUCUUGAAGUGCAGAGGGAAAAGGAGGAGGAGGAGGCGAAGAGGGAGGGGGAGAUUGAGGAGUUGUUGUCUCGGCCGAGGACGAUGGAGGAGGGGAGGGCUAGGACUGGGAUUGGAACUGGGGAGUUGGAGAGGGUGGAGACGGAGGAGGAGAUUGUUAUGAUUGCGGAUGGGGUGGGGAGGCAGAGAACGGAUUUGAGUGAGAUGUUGAGUCGGAGGUUUGGGUUGGUGAGGAGGGGGAGUUUGGGUUGA